UACAUCUUCCUGCCAGCAGGGGGCGGUGCAGCGGCGCUGCUCCAGGUGGAUCUCCUGCUAACAAUGGCUGCAUCCUCGGAGUUACAGCUGGAUCUCCUGCCUUCGGACCCGCUGCUCCACAUCCUGUCUUACCUGAGCUUCAGAGACCUGGUCCACUGCAGCUACGUCAGUAAGCGGCUCAAUGAGCUGUCCAAACACAACCCACUGUGGAAACGUCACUGCUGCAAACACUGGCUGCUGACAGACGCGGACCGGUUGCAGCGCGGCCUGUCCUGGUACGGCCUCUUCAAGCAUUACUACUCGGACCUGGGUCGCUACAUUCAGCACUACGCGGUGCUGAAGAAAGCCUGGGAGCAGCUGAAGAGCUUCCUGCAGCAGCGAUGUCCUCGGAUGAUCGUUUCACUCAAAGAUGGCGCCACAGAGGGGGAACUGGACGAAAUAGAGGCUCAGAUCGGCUGUAAGCUUCCCGACGAUUACCGCUGCUCCUACCGGAUCCAUAACGGCCAGAAGCUGGUGAUCCCGGGGCUGAUGGGCAGCAUGUCGCUCUCCAACCAUUACCGCUCUGAGGUCCUGCUGGACGUGGAGACGGCGGCCGGAGGCUUCCAGCACAGGAAAGGAAUGAGGCGCUCCCUGCCGCUCACCUUCUGCUUCCACACCGGCCUCAGCCAGUACGUGGCGCUGGAGGACGCCGAGGGACGCAAGAAAGGAGAGAGCUUCUACCCGUGCCCUGAUCAGACGGCUCAGGAUCCCUCCGCCAUCGACAUGUUCAUCACAGGCUCCAGCUUCUUGGACUGGUUCAGCACCUACGUCAACAACGUGGUUACAGGAGAAUAUCCCAUCAUCAAAGACCAGAUCUUCAGGUACACGCACGAGAAAGGCUGCGUGGCGACCACCGGCGACAUCACCGUCUCCGUCUCUACCUCCUUUCUCCCGGAGCUGUCGUCCGUCCACCCGCCGCACUUCUUCUUCACUUACCGCAUCAGGAUAGAAAUGUCCAGAAGCGCCUCCACUAAGGCCACCUGUCAGCUGGACAGCCGUUACUGGAAAAUCACCACUUCCGAUGGAAACGUGGAGGAGGUUCAGGGUCCUGGCGUGGUCGGAGAGUUCCCGGUCAUGACGCCCGGAAAGGUGCACGAGUACGCCAGCUGCACCACCUUCUCCACGCCGUCAGAGUUCAUGGAGGGUCACUACACCUUCCACAGGCUAGCCAACAAGGAAGAGGUUUUCCAGGUGGCCAUCCCUCGCUUCCACAUGGUCUGUCCUCCUUACAGAGAGCCGGCGUCUAGGACGGCUUCGACCAGCCACACGACUCCCUACGACGACGGGGAAGACGGCGACGGCGGGGAUCAAGGCAGAGGAAGGUUAGGAGGUCUGAGAGGCAUCAGCGCCUCCGCCCUGGAGGGCUCCCGGUGCCCCCGCUUCACCUGACCUCCAGACGUAGAGCCAUGAACUCAAACUGAAUCACUUGAACUUCCAGUUGCCAAAUACCACGUGGGUGCGGCGCUUUCAGGAAAAGCUUCUUGGUUCCUUUUAGAUUUUUGUGAAGAAGAGCUGCAGAGAUUCAUCAUCUCACGUCAUAGAUCGUCUAAAACAUCUUUAUUCCUGAUCCAGACAACAUUCCUGAAGCUAAAGCUCUAGGAUCAACUAUAAAACACUUUCAAGCUUCUGUGUUGGCUUUGAAAACAGCUAAUCUGAUCCAAGUCUGGUGAUGUGGGUCUGUCGCCAUCUAGUUGACAAACCUGGUAUUACACUUUUUUUUUUUUGAGCUAAGAAUUUGUUUUCCAGAUGCUGCAUUUUGAUAAGGAUUGAUGCUUUUUUUUGUUACAGGAGUUGAAAAAAUAUAAGUAAAUAAUUUCUAGGUGGGGAAUACAGAUUAUAUUGAGUCUUUUUUUUUAAAUAUAAAUGUUGUAGGAUGUAAGAUGAGGCCAGCGUGAUGAUUUUGAUGAACUUUUGGGUUUGAAGGUUGCUGGUUUCUAUAAAGCUCUGUUUUUUUUUUUUUUGCAGAUUUUUUCUAUGUUUGGGUUCAAUAAAAUCUUUUCAAAGAUC